UUAUCGAUAGAUUGACACUCUUAUUAAACAGUAUGGCAGCGCUGUAAAUAUGUCUAACGAGAGUAAAUGUACGGAUUUAAUACAAAUUCGACCUCCAACGUUACGCGGUUUAAGAAAAUGUUCAAGUUGCGGCGCCAUAAAUGGCAGUCGUGCUCUCUUCUGUAGGAAUCUUACGUGCCCCCAAAACAAAAAUCAGCUCGAUGGAGUGCAGCUGGUGUGCCAACGUGCCGGUUGUACGGUCUAUUCGGUGCGGACCAAAGAACGGGAUCCAGAGGCUCAGCCGCGAAAUUUUGUGUCAUUUGAGGAUGUGACGUUGUCGUUGCAACCGAAUGCAGCCGUUGUUUCCAGCAAGGCUGUGUGUUAUGUGGAUGCGUGUAAGGCUGACAGCGAUUGCAGGCACAUCAAAGCCUGUCGCGAUGGUCAGGAUCAGAUGCCCAUGGCGCAGGUGUACACCGUGUCGCGUGAGGUGCUCUGGAAUCUGAAUAUUACGAUAGAGCAAAAGCAACAGCUCUGGCAGCAGUAUAAAUCGGCCGAGGAGCAGGACCACUGGCCGGCAGUGCAGCGACUAAAUGCAACUACUUUUGUGGUCAAAUGUCAACGUUCGAACACGUUUCCAGCGGCGCAUCUGCAUGUGACGGCGCUGGCCAACGGACUCUCCACCAAGAAGGGCACCUAUGCGUGUGCCUGUCGCAAGCUAAAGAUUAUCGUGGAGCCAGACAACUCCCUGGUUAUGCAGGAUGAGAUUUGUGAUCAUCUGCUCCUCGUGCUGGCUGGCAUACUCAGUUCACCACAGGGCAAGACGAUUUAUGGCAACUUUACAAAGAGUCUGCAGACAUUUUGGAUGCCCGACAAACUGGAGACGCCUCUAGGCGAAGCCACACACGACGAUUUACGUCUAAGCCUAAGCAUAAUCCCAAGCGGCGAUGUUGAUCUCUCCGAAGACAUAUAUAUCUUUGACAAUGAGUUCUGUGUAGCUGACACGGAUCUGCUGCCCAUGCCAGAGGAGUUCUCAGAUAUCAUAUACGACAUGGAUUCGAUGCCUGCCGCACACAGCGUCAGCAGUAGUUGUGCUCCCAACGAUGCCCAGCUCUUGUCUAACUUCGAUAUAUACGCUGAGCAGCAGCAGGAUCAACAUCUAGAGCUGACCGAUUGCAAUAUUGAGCUCAUGGAUCAAUAUCAACUGACCGACCAGAUCGAUUUGUGCAGCGAGGAUAUUGAGCUGCCGUUGGUCAGCGAGCCGUACAACAUACUGACGCCUCAGCCCAUCUACGCAAAGGCGCCGCCGGCAGCCACCAAUCAGCUGCCCGCCAUAGAGCUGCCCACGAUUGCGGUCGUCAAGAAGGCGGCCAUCAAAGCAUCUGAAAUUGUGGAUGAGGUCAAGACGCGCAAGCAACCUCCACUGCCAGCAAAGCGUGCGCUCAUUGUGAAUGAACCUACGUGUACAACUGUAGUUGAGCCUGUGGGCGUGGCUGUGCAGCCAGCGUUGGCAUAUGAAGCCUGGCUGGACUAUGUGAUAGAGCUCCUCAACUCAACCAUCGAGCCGGAACCUGCGCCUCAGCAGGCAAUUAGCACGAGGCAAAUACUGCAAACGUUUCAUGUGCACAAGGAAACAUUCUCGCACUUAAGCAAGAGCUUCAGUGCUGGCAUCAAGCGCCGUCCCUUGCAUCAAGUGGCAGUCAUUGACUCUGGCAAGCACAAAGGUCUGAGCAAGUAUGUGUGGCACUUCAGUGCCUCGCACACUGUGAAACGCAUCUUCAGCAGUCGCAAUCUUAACUUGCAGCUGGAAAGGUGCUUUGAGCGCCAUGCACUUGGACAUUUUGUGCCGUAUGUGAGACAGACGCCCACUCAGGCAUCAACACAGCACAGACAACGCCCGGUGCAUGCCAAGCUGCGGCUCUAUGUGGUUAAAAUGGUCUUUGAUGUCGAGCAGCAGAUAAAAAGUGGCCUAUAUAUAAACUGGAUUCCCGAUGUACUGCCUCGGAGCAGCUUUGGCCAAAUGGAUGUGGAGUUUACGCUGGAAACGAGGGCGCCGACUUAAACAUGAAGCAUUACAGUUUUUGCUGUUAAGUUAUGAGAAUUUACAAGCCAUCUAUGUAAUACAUACAUAUGUAUGUAUAUCUAUGUAUAUAUAUAAUAUAAUUUAAAGAUCGUAUCUUAAAUACUUAAAUUAAAUAC